CCUGAAUAGACACGUCUCAAGUUCACACGUACCCUGCUCUCUGCAGCAAAACCCCACCAGGGCACACCGCAUGUCACUAUCAUAAUAAACAUCCUACUUUAGGCUGAUGCCACGCCGCCGCCGCCCUCCUCGCCCAGGCGCCCUCGCGGACCUGUCCCCAACUCGGAUCCUCACCCAAAUUGUCGUCCUGCAACUAGCCUACUAUGCUUGCGCAGCGAUUUUCAUAGUCUUUACCGCCUUGGUUGCCGGGAAGGAAAUAAGCACCGACCUUCUGUUUAGCUGGCGUAGCCUCCGAGGCGAUACUACGGUUGGGUGGACCUUGGGCUUGGUCUGGGUACUGAACAGCUUAGCUUGUGCUGUGUUCAUACUCCUUCUCAUUGCGCGCUCGAAACUCGUCCUCGAUUUUGCGCUAACGAUACACUUCGUCCACCUGAUUGUCACCUCUUUUUACUCCCAUGCAAUUCCAACAAAUCUCUUCUGGUGGGCUCUACAGAUAUGUAGCGCGACCUUGAUGACGUCUUUAGGGGUUUGGGCUUGCCAAUGGCGUGAACUACGGCCAAUUAAUUUUGGAGGCAAAGCUGGUUCGUCCACUACUAGACCACAGGGGAAUGGUGCGCCUGAAGACGAUGGAGCGGGCGAGUCAAGAGGCAGGGGGAGAGGUAGGGGCAGGGAUGGAGCUGGGGAAUAUGAAAUGGUCGGAGUGGGAGAUGGAAAUGUAUGAUUGUGAUCUCAUGUUAUGCAUUGUUUGGCGUUGGGUUACUCGGUCUGAAGCGUUCUAACCAUGGCACAUACUGGAAGCCUUUAGGUCAGCUUAUAUAUUGUAUCGCUCUAUCAAGCCUCCGUCUAUUGCA